GGCAAUAUUAUUGGAUUAUGGCACUUUUUGACUCGUCUGGUGCAUGAACCUGUUCCUCUGCGCAUGAAUGUGUGUUCUUGUCUGUAUUUGACCAGCAGGGACGAGAGGCGCAGGUAGAGAACGCAGGUCAGCGCGUCUCUGAACGGGUUUGACGCGCGUCUGACGCGUCACGAACGCCGUCGCUCAUCGGGUUAAACCGUUAAGAAAGCAGUUAUUCAAAUCCUGCAGCACUUGCACCGGAUUCUGUCUGCGGUAUCAUAGCAACAACACCGGAGAAGCGGCGUAACAUCAGCCGCAGCGGAUCCCGAACCGAACCGAACCGAACCGGAGCUCAGAACUCUGGAGCGGGGAACCGGCGCGCGGAAAUAUUCCUGACUGGAAAUAACGAACUUAACGCGCAAAAUGCGGUCUUGUGAAGAGAGAAAGUUUGCGUUUCGUUGCCCGAACGCGAAUCUGUUAGUCGUGUUUCACGGAUGAUUAAUUGAGCGCCAUCAUGAUCGCCACAGGGGGUCUGCUGCGGAUAUCUGCCAGGAGACAGGACUCGCUCCGCGCGAAGAACCGAGCCGAAAACAAGCGCAAGAGGAAAGAGAAGAAAAAGAGGAAGAACGAAGUGGUGGUGGUGAAAGGAAAGCUGAAGCUGUGCUCUGUAUCUGGACUGGUCGCUGCCAUCGGGAUUCUGGUGCUUCUGGUUGGAGUGUCCAUGGCUGUACUGGGCUACUGGCCCAAAGAGAGUCCGCUUUAUCCAGGACUGAUGAACACACAGAGGACUCACGAGAGCCGAGAAUCAGUCAAUGUGACCAGCAGACCGCCUUGGGAUCUCUUAGAUAAAGACCUCAGGAGCUAUAAUGGCUCCAGUGGGACUGCUGAGCCUGAUCCGCCUAAACUGGGAGCAUUCUCUGCAUUUAUUAACAGAUACUUGUAUUCGGACAAGAUGAGGGUGUUCGGACCUUUAAUCAUGGGCAUCGGGAUCUUCCUGUUCAUUUGUGCCAAUGCGGUACUUCACGAAAACAGAGACAAAAAGACCAAAAUUAUUAACCUCAGAGACAUCUACUCAACGGUGAUUGACAUUCAUAGUCUGCGGAGCAAGGAGUCGGCGCCGCUCAACGGUUUCGUGAACUGCUGCCAAUCCAAAGACACCAAAUCGAACGGUUCCCCUCAUAAGGGAUCGUCUCAAGGUAGCAUGAUCCCAUCCCGACGACCGUCUACCACCAUCCCACGAGUCUCGUCUUUGGAAAGACAGAGCUUUACGGACACCGUCUACAGCAUCUUUCGAGAUCAGAACCGAAUUGGCAAGCAAUGGGAAACCAGGAGCAUCGUGUCCCCUUCGGUCAACGCUUUCACCCUCCCAAUGAUGAAGCUCAACCACCGAGGAGCUUCGGAGAGAAGGGGUUCGGAUAAAACCGGAGAGGCCAAACGAGAGGUCCUGGACGCCGAGGCCAUUUGCAGGCGUUUGGAGGAUUUGGAAGCGUCUCGGACCAUCACGAAGGCCAAAGUGGAACCUCAUCCCGUGCUUCUGCAGGAUUCGGUGGAGGUCUACAGGAGCAGUGGCAGUUUGCAAGGAGCUCCUCGCGUCUCUCUGCAGGGUUCCCAGGUUCAGCUGCUGCUGUCCGGUUCCCCGGGCCGCAAGGCCACCGGAUCUCACCUGUCCUUGAGCGCUUUGUCUGACCACUCCAGGUGUGUCGAUCUAGAUAUCUGUCCACAUCCACCCCUAGCGGCGCGCUCGAGACGUCUCAGCUGUCCUCGGCUGGAAGGCCUCAGCAGCGGAGGCUACACCAAACUCGAAGGCCUUGGCGGCGAAUCCUUCGAGUCCACGUUCAGUCGAGAGAGCUCCGUUGAGGUUUUGGAAAAGGAAAGGGAGCUUUGUGCUCAGACACAUCAGCAGGAGUGUGCCGCGGUCAGACAGUAUUCAAAGAAACAAAAACUCAUAAUGGUUUCCCAGUCGGACACCACUCUAGAGGAUGUGGAAGUUUAACUGGCUGGUCUGACAUGCAGUGAUGGUCUUUAGAAAGCAGUCGAGACUAGGGAUGCACGAUGGUAGAUUUUUGCCGAUAUCCGAUAAUUUCAAAUCAUUUCGGCCGAAUGCCAAAGAUUUUAUUUGUGGAUUUAACAUGGUCUAAAGUAAAAGAGUUGUAAAAAAAGCUCCUUGCUUUUAAGUUUUCACAAUCCAUAUGCAAAAAUAUAUUACAUAUUAAUGAAUAAAUCUGUUUAUAUUAAAUUAUUUAAUUUAUUAGCGUCAUGUUUGUGAUUUUUAUUCAUGUAAGCUGUAGCUUUUGACAUUUAAA